GAUAACGUUUUGUAAUGCCGAAUGUCUGUAUGUAUAAAGAUAUUAAUUGAGUUAAUAUCUCAAAUUUCAACAGACGAAAUUAAAACAAUAUUAAAUAACAAUUAUUUAUUUGAAAUAUGGCGAACACUAAAAGAGUUGUCUACGUUGGUGGGCUAUCAGAAGAAGUUGAUGAAAAAGUUCUGCACGCCGCCAUGAUCCCAUUUGGUGACAUCAUCGAUGUCCAGAUACCACUGGACUAUGAAACUGGCAAGCACAGGGGUUUUGCAUUUGUUGAGUUUGAACUGCCCGAAGAUGCUGCUGCUGCAAUCGACAACCUGAAUGAUUCAGAACUUUAUGGCAAAACUUUGAGGGUUAACAUUGCCAAGCCUAUGAAGCUCAAAGAAGGAUCUGCCAGGGCAGUGUGGACUGACGAUCAGUGGCUGAGAGAGCAUUCUGGAAAAGCGAAGAAAAAUGAUGGUGAUGAUGACAAUGAUGAUGUCGGUGGUGCCGAUGAUGAUGAUCAUAAUAAAGAAGGCGGUGGUGGUGAUAAUAACGCCAAAAAUUCAACCUCAACCGACUGCACCACGCCCACAACUACCACAACGACCACCACAAGUGCCAAAAAAUCUGUGGCUAAUCCACAAGUUUAUAUGGAUGUCAAAAUCGGCAACAAGAAUGCAGGUCGCAUUGUCAUAGUUCUACGUUCAGAUGUUGUUCCGAAAACCGCCGAAAAUUUCCGAUGUUUGUGCACCCACGAAAGGGGGUAUGGUUUCAAGGGGUCAUCAUUUCAUAGGGUCAUCCCACAAUUUAUGUGUCAGGGAGGUGACAUGACGAACAACGACGGAACUGGUGGCAAGUCCAUAUAUGGUCGCAAGUUUGAAGAUGAGAAUUUCACCCUGAAACACAUGGGAUUCGGUACAUUAUCAAUGGCAAACAGCGGUCCCAAUACGAACGGAUCUCAAUUCUUCAUAUGCACUGAGAAGACUGAUUGGUUGGAUGGCAAGCACGUUGUGUUUGGAAAAGUCAUAGCAGGACAGGAUGUAGUACGGAAGAUGGAGGCGUGUGGCAGUGCUUCUGGGAAGACCAAGGAGAAGAUUGUCAUAUCAGACUGUGGAGAGUUCAUAUGA